ACCGCUUUGAAAAUCUCUCUUUUAAUUGGCUGAAGAUGAAACCCUCUUUAAAAACUUGAGCGCCAUUGGUCAGUGGCUAAGGGGCCCCUGAUUUUUUCAGCCAAUGGGAAGCAAACCAUUUUACUGGGUUAAGCAUUGUUUACAUCUGGAUUUGGCCUGUCAGCUACCAACACAAUUGCAAUACCUAUACAGUACACCUGUCAUAAGAGUAUCUUCGAAUGAGUUUCUAUCGUUAGUGACCAGGAAUCCUUUCUGCGUGAUAUCUAGGUAAGAGCCUAGAUGGCUGAACAGAGUGAUGACCUACAAGUCAACAUUAAAGAAGAGGUGGAUGAUGAGGUUGGAGAGGAGGGCUUUAUGACCCCUUCCUCAGGUGGUAAUUCAGGUUCACCCCUCGAUACUAAGCCCUCAAUACUUUUACCCAAAGGGGCCAUGCGUGGAAACGGACGGUUCAUGGAUGCCUUCAGGGUAUUUCAAGUAAUGUUGCAUAAACAUCCUAGUGGUACAAGUGUGCCAGAUGGCACCAAGGAAAAUGUAUACUUUCUCUUAAAUAAUGAAAUAAACAUGGCUCGUCGAGGAAAGGGAAAAUUGUGCCGUUACUUAGAUGACUGUGGCGCUUGGUCUGUCAAUGCUUCGUGCAAAUCUCACCAUUAUGUCAUACGAGGUGAACAGCUUGAUAAUGUUGACCUAAAGGCAGGGUUAUAUUGUAAGGAAUUGAAAGGUCUUAAAGUUCCUCUAGACCCUCAACCAUCGGAUGAUGAGUUGAUUACUUUCAAACGUUACUAUGUUUCCCUGAAGAGGAGUCCAACAUACAGGAAGAGAGUCUCUACAGUUGCCAAGUGCCCGAACUCUUUGGCCCACUUGAAGUCUUUAGCUGUAAUUGAAUACAUUGGAUUAUUUCACACAGAGAGUGAGCCAGCUGAAGAUCCUCUUGCACUUUCAUCUAAAAACAAUGUUAAUGACAAGGUGAAAUUAAAAUGUACAGGAUUCUUAACGCCACCAAAAUAUCCAUCAUGUCCAGAGAGUAGGUUUAUGGAGAGCAAUGAAGGCUUUUUAGCCACUGCUGAAAUCUUUCAUGUGAUGCUUACAAAGGAGCCAAUUGGCCAGGACAUUCCAGCUGGGAUUAAAGAGGAUGUUUAUUUUCUCCUGGACAAUGGGCAAAACAUAAAUCGAAGAGCAAGUGGUAAAAGGAGUAGAUAUUGGGAUGACUGUGGCCAUUGGUCUGUAAAUGGAAAGAGUAAAUAUCUUAAUUUUGCUAUUAGGAAUGGAAAACAUCUGUGCCAUAUUGAAAUAAAAGAUGGACAUUAUUCUGAGAUAGUUGAAGGAGCCCGAAUUCCUUUGGUGCCUCAGCCUACAGAUGACAAUCUAAUAUCAUUUAGACAGUAUUUUGUUAACCUGAAAGAAGAUGCUAGUUAUCGUAAGAGAGUUUCUCUUGUAACUAAGUGUCCAGAAUCAUUAGCUCAUUUGAAAAAUUUAGCGGUAGUUGAGUAUCUUGGAAAGUGGCCAAUUCCUGCUAUGGAUCCUAGGCCGGGUAAUCAGUCGUGGAAUCAGACAAGUGAAAAUAAAGAGGAAUUUGUUGUUUGCAGUCCUGAUAUUCAUUCAUUUGAUAUGGAUAAAUCUGAUGCAGAAAAAUCUGUAAAAACAGAUGAAAUUACUUUAGAAAAUGGACGAUUCCUUAGUGCUGAUGGUGUUUUCCAUGUCAUGCUGUUUAGGCGUCCUGUUGGGGACUCUGUGCCACAAGGAGCAAAGGAAAAUGUAUGUUUCCUUAUUGACAAUGGACAGAACAUAACUCGUAAAGCUAAUGGUAAAAAGAGUAGAUAUUCAGAUGACUAUGGGAUUUGGUCUGUGAGGCCAUCUAGUGACACUGAUUAUUAUUUGAUUCGUGACAAUGGACAUCUAUGUUUUAUGAGUUUAGUGGAUGGUGUGUAUUGCAAUUUAAGUAAGGGUGAACAUGUCCCUCUUGAUCCACAGCCCACAAAUGACAAUAUCAUAGUGUUUAGUCGCUACCGAGCAUCACUGAAAGGCGAUCCAGAUUGUCGUAAAAGAAUCUCCACUGUUUUAAAAUGUCCUGAUUCAAUGUCUCAUAUGAAAAGUUUAGCUGUUGUUGAAUAUAUUAGGUCAAUAUCAAAAGUACAAAAUAAAGAUAACAAUCAGAUUUUUCAGGAAGGUAGUAGUGAUGGGAAAAACAUGAUUUGCUCUAGUGAAACAGUGACUCAGAAUGACCUUCCACCAAUUUCUUCAAAGUAUGUUGUUCCAAAUCAUUGUAGGUUUCUUGAUGGUAAUACCAUAUAUCGUUUUUUCUUACAUGGGAAGCCUGUUAGUACAGAUGCUCUGAAAGGAAGAAAGGAAAACCUAUACUUUCUCUGUUAUAUAGAUUCAAACUUGGUCACUGAAACUGGUGGUAAGAAGUGCCCUUAUACAGAUGAAUGUGGACCAUGGAUAGCAAAGCCCUCAUGCAAGACCCACCGUUACAUUGUUUGUGAUGGAGAAGAACUUGAUUUUGUUGAUAUGAAAGAUGGAAUUUAUUGUAGAGAAAUUAAAGGGGUUCGCAUACCUGUGGAACCUCAGCCUAAUGAGGAAGAAAUUAUAACAUUCAAGCGAUAUUAUGGGUACUUGAAGAGAAACCCCAAUUACAAAAGAAGAGUAUCAAUCGUUCUUAAUUGUUCAAGAGAUAGGGAUCAUUUAAGGAAAGUGGCUGUUGUUGAGUACAUAGGUUCAUUUUAUGGGUAAAUGUUUGUUGCUUCUAAUGGGUAUUUUGAGGAAUACCUGUAUUUGUAGUGAAUGUGGGAUUUGAUGCUUUAGUAACUUGGUGCUCAUGCAAGAUAACAUUGAUUCAUGCAGUGAUCAAAGUGGAAUGCCCAUUCAUCUACAAGGUUCAAGUGCACAUAUAGGGAAUGUGAUCUUUACAUACAAUUUGUACAGGUAUGAAUUUCAUUCUUUUACUGUUAAAAGUACAAAUCAUAAUUUAAAAGUGUCACACACAAUAUCAGGACAGUUUUCCAUGUGAAUUUAAAGCAUUUCUUAGUAGAAUGGAAACCUUAGGAACAUCAAAAUAUUUAGAAGUAUGUAUUGGUUUUGACAAAAGAAGAGAAAUUGUAACCGCAUGUGUGUUAGUUUCUUUACUUGCUAGGCUUGGAUCAUAUAGCAAAUGGAGGGUAGACAUGUAAAUGGUCAUAUUGCAGAUGCAUUAGCAGGAACUUGGCCUGCUAUUUGUAAAGCUCUCUUUAUUCUAAGUUAAAAAUUAGAAUAUAAUAAUUGUUUAUAUAUGUAAUAAGAAAGUCAUUGAAAAACUUCAAUUUUUCAUAGAAAGUUUACAAUGUUUAUAGUGUAAAGUAUCAUCAUCUAUAACUGAAACAAAGUUGCUCCUUGGCUUUUAGAAACAGUGAAAUAAUUCACUGGAAGUUGGAGCUUGGUAAUUUUUCUCUUGAGAUCAUCAUCAUUUUAAUACCACCACCUUCAUAUACAUAUACAUAUGUACAUUUGUUCAUAAUAACCCCAUCAGUCAUAUUAUGCUCACUUCGCAGUCAAUGAUGAUCUUCUGACUAACAGUCUUUUGUUCACAAAAGAGGAAGAGCACUCUGUUGCAACACUAGUGCUAUCUGUACCCUCAGUCAUCUGUUCACUAACUACUUCCUAAGUUGAAAGGUUGUUGAGCUGCAACAGGUUGUUAUCUUAUUUAAAAAAGUGACAUAGAUGGUUAUUCCACUUGGUGAACUUAUGCCACUCAAGUAUAUUUUACAUUUUUAUGAAUGUGGUUUGUAGCAUCAUAUGUAGCUCAAGUAGUAAUAAAUUUCUUGCCAUUGAAAAGGUAAUUUAUCAUAAUUUAUAUACUGUGUAAACAGAAAUUGGAUAUCUUUUCUCUGAUUUAUCUUUAAUUUUCUUUUUAAAGUAACAGAUUUUUUCAUUAUAGCAAACUUUUACUUGUAAUAUUGAUGUUUUCUUAUUUUUUGAAAAUUUUAAACAAUUCAUGGCAAAGUUUAACUCUUCAGUUGUAAAAUGACACAAUUUGUUAAUGUAGCAUGGAGUAUAAUGUAACGCAGAGAGAGCAAAGAAAAUUAUUGCUCUGCAUUUUUGUUCAGUGAAGGACGAGUGUUCUGACAUAGACGAUCUUCGUAUCAUUAUCUAGAAUGAUUGAGAUACUGUUGUCUAGCUCAUGUCAAGAGAAUGAGCUAUGGUGGCAGUCUUUUUGUUAAUUUUCAUAGUGCUUCAUGAUAGCCACCUUAUUUUCCAGUGGCACUUCAUUAUACUAGCAGUGCUAGUACAGGGACCUUUCUUCGGAACCAUAUGACUAGUUAUUAAAGACACAAAUUCAACGUGAAUAUAACAGUGCAAAUAACGCAUACACAAGCGCCCAUUUGAAUUUGCUACUUAGUGCUUGGAACUAGCUCUGCCACACAGCCAAACUGUGGAACUAUGUUGUCAAAGUUAUUCAGGUAGGGCCUUUCUCUCCUUGGCUUUCGACAGUCCCCUCUCUUGCUUGCAUUGUUUUUUGUGGACAGGUGUGUUCUCCCUUUAUGUCAUCAAGGUGUACUGUAUUGGUUUGCUGUAGAGGGUGGUGUUGGGUUUUGGAUUAAUGUUGAAACCUGUUCCUGCUGUCAUACUGGCUUUGCUGGCAAUCAGUCCUAAAUUAUAUAACUAUGGAGUCCUCUUUCUGAUGGCUUGUCAUGCAAGUUUAGCACCUGGGUGCCUGUUCACUUACCUGUUUAUCUUCCCAGCAUUGUGCCAUGGGCCAUGUCGACUGCAUACUACUUGAUUUACCCUUUGAUAUGUGGUUACCAACCAUGUCUUUGCCUUGCAAACUCCACACACUUUCUUCAUCCAUGGUACGUGUUUGCCAUCUUGCUGUUGGGCUUUCCCCCCAACCUUCCUGGUGUUUUCCUUCACUGCCUGUGACUGGAUGGCCUACUCACCUCCAACUACUUUGCUAUUACCUACAUGUUAAUCAUCAGUCUCUCCACCUCACUUUUGAGAUCAUGUCCAUCAAGGGUUGACUUCAGCUUCUUUUUUUCAUGCUUCUGCCUUGAUGGUAGUAUAUGAUGUUGAACUUAAAGACUUUUGCUCAACUGGCUUCAAUGCCAUGUCUCAGCUGUUUUGUGUUGCUACACCAUAGUAGUUGAUGUAUACCUUCUUGACUGCUAUUAUUGCAGAAGCUAGAAUUUACCUUCAUACUCUACAUGCUGUUGUGCUUGAAACCUUGUUAUUGGUGACCAAACCUCUUCAGAGAGACUACCUACAAUCUCGAUUGAGUCUUAAAAACUGUUCAAUUAUGUGUUUUUGUUUUACUCCUAGGGACUCGUGAGGGUUGGCAUGCUUAGUCUGAGUUAUCAUUCUCCAAGAGCUAGUGGGCAUCAGGAUCAUGACCAUUAGCAAUUGCUACGUAAGUGUUCUAUGGAAGAUAGAAUUUUGAUCAUCAAACCUCCUGGGUACUGCUCAGUGAACAGGUCUUCUCAGUCACUUGAGUUCAUUCAUCUUCUUUGACCUUUACAGUACUGUUGACUGUUCUUGUUCCAGCUGCUAAACUGACCCCAUUUGCAUUAGCAGUAACAACACUUGUGGUCAUGACCAAGCCUUUUGAAAAGACUAACUGUUUAUGUUUAUCUAGAUUUAACCUCCCAAGGACAGCUCAUUUGACUGAUUGAUUUUAUCUUGGUGACUGCUCAAUGACCAGAGGUCAUUCCUGUUAGUACAAGCACAUCUCUCACUGCAGUGAUAGCUCCUGCUCCAGUGGCCACUGUUGCACCAUUGACUGAGCUGUAGUCCAUGAUUGAAGACUCUUCUUUAAGAUUAAAAAUGGCCAGCAUGUAGUAGUCUACUUUUGUAUUGCCUGUAACUGUAGGUAUCCAUGAAAGAUUCUGUACCCAGCCUUGUUUAAGUUACAGCUUCUAAAUUGAUUUCUCUUGGUUAGUUGCAUGCUGCAGUAACCCCAGGUAUUCCUCUGGUCUUGAUGUUUUCAUCAUGAUGACUUCAGUUAAGGGAAUAGAAGUCAGGCAUUAUCAGAGAUGGGAGACUGCCAUGAGGAGUCAUCAUUUUCUCCCAGGUAUGUUCUGCUUUGACAGUCUUCUUGAAUAUGAUUGAGAUGAGAUAGUGAAGUACAUAGUUCCUUGGAUGGCCAUUCAUUGGUAAUUUAUACAGUCUGCCUUGGGUAUGUAAAGUGUAAUAUCUAUGUACCUUUGCUUGGCUCCUUUGAUCUCAAUACAGAUAACAUCCCCUGGGAUAUUAUCUGAGUUUUAGUUGUACUUGAUGCUGAUCAGGUAUGCUUUAAUGAGAGUUUUGAAGUAAAGGAAAACUCUUGCCUGGUUAACCUUUUAUCAAGAAUGAUCCCAAUCCCGGUUAACUUAAUGUUGCUUUCUGCUGUUUGAAUAAUUCUACACGUUCGGCCAGGGGUCAGUUCCUUGUAUGACUGUUUAUGGUCUGGAUGUAACUGAGACUCCCUAUCACACUCCUGCCUUUCUUGGACUAAGUGGAUUGUUAAGCUUCGGCCUCCUUAUCCUGCCCCUGAAGAAUGCAAUUGGAGACAUCAGGCAAGUGAUUAGAGGUGUGGUCUUGGUCAUAGACAAUGAAGGACACUGAAGAAUGUUCUGCAAAGUUGCAGAUGAGGAAGGACAGGUAAGAGAGAGAGCCUAUUCACUUUUCUUCUCUUGAUAAUGAUUUUAUUCAGUUCAAAGAUGCUAGUACUUUGAGUUUCAAUUGAACAUACAUUAGGAGGAUGUUUAAGCACUAUUGUCUUUCUCAUCUUCAUAACCUGUUAAUAUUUUUAGAGAUGUAGUGAUCCAUAUUUUCUCUCUCCUAUGUCUUGGUUGUAAAUUUGCUUCAGUGCAUUUUCUCAUGAGUUUAAACCAAGUAUGGUGCCAUGCUGUGAUCUCUUGGGUUCAACUCCUUGAGUAAAUAUCUUUGAAUUUCUAAUAUGUCUGACAUAUUAUAGUUUUUGAGAACUCUCCUGGAUUCAUUAACCCUUUGCAAACAAUAUGGGACUUCUAGGGACUGCAUUCUACUUACCUAACUACAUAGUAUAUUUGGGUAUACAGAAAUAUGAUUUAUGUGGGUUUUAUGAAAAAAGUUUUUGUAUAAAACUAGUUUUUUAUGAAAACCCAAUACUAAUCAUAAUUGUGUUUGCCACCUCUCAGCCUCUUCACUAUCUCAUUGUUACACACUUAGUCUAAAUCAUGUAUAAAGCGGUUGGUAAAUGGAUGCCUGAGGGUCCAGGUAGCACUAUUGUCAUGAAAGUGUGACCGUCUUUUUCUGUUAACCAAAAACUGAGUUUUGUAAUGUUUGGAAUCAUUGCAGACUGUGAUUGCUGCGGUGGAAUGAAUUACUAGCUUUAUGGUAAAACAAUUUUGUUUUUAUCAGUAAUAGAUGUUAUCAAAAGUGCAAUUAGGUAAUUACGGUACUUAAUACAGAAUGUGUUAAGCCUCAUAAACUUGAUUCAGGGAAAAUUUUGUGUAUAUGGUAGUAAUUUGGCAAUAUUAUAUCCUAACUACUUAGGAUAUGCACCAUUACUUAGUUUAUGUACAUAAACUUAUUGGGGUAGUAUAUUGUAAUAUCAAACUCUUGUACUUUAUUCUUUAAUUAUUUGCCUCCCUAAGUAUUGCAUAUUGAUUUUCUGGAAUGUUCAUGGCAGAUAUAACUACAUAUUCCCUUUUUACAAAUUGUCUCAAUAGGUGAUGGUGUUAUCAGUCUUACUAAGCUAUCGUACUAAGUCUACUGAAUUACCUUCUGUUAUUUUAAAUACAAUAUUGUGUCAAAACUUCAUACUUUUCUUGAAAAUUUAAUAAUAAUGUUUUGUCUUUAGGUUUUGAGAAAAAGAUGUACAAACCCCACUAAAUUACAAGUGAUUGAUUGCUUGUUAAAAACCUUUUCUUCCAACUUUACAAACUAUAACCAUUCAUGGCUAGAUAAGUUAUAAAUGCUUUGCAAUAUGUCCUUUUAUAUCCACAUAUUAACAUCCAAACUUUAGAUAAAGAGAUAUUGUGUGUGUGAAAGUGUGAGUGUUUUGUGUACAAACCUUUGUGGAAGCGGUGAAUUUAGAUGUGUAGAAUAUCCUGCAAACUUUCUCAUAUAGAAGUAUUUAUGGUUAAUGGAAAUUAGAGCAAAUGUUCAUGAAAUUUAUCUUGCUCUUUCUGCAGUUAGGUGUACCACAAAUGUAGUAUUUAAGAAAGGAGAAGAUUGCAGAGAUGCAAGGUAAAAUAACAAAGUUGGGAUUAGUGGUUCAUGAAAAAAUGUAUAUACAGUCCAAUAGGAAGAAGGUAGUGCUCUCUCUCUCUCUCUCUCUCUCUCUCUCUCUCUCUCUCUCUCUCUCUCUCUCUCUCUCUCUCUCUCUCAAUAUUAGUCUGACUCAUUCAUUGAGAGUAAUUUGCAGUAACUUUAUGCAAGUUAAGGUUUUUAUAGCAGUAAUGUUUAUACUUAUUUACAUAAAUUAAAUAUAGAUUAUAUUUAUGAAAGACUGAAAUAUUUAAUGAAGAAAUCAUUUUUGUGAAUUGCUGACAUUUGGAAAAAUUUACAAAUGUUGCUAUAUAGCAUUCUUAUAAUUUCUUUAAGUUUUUGUUGCAAAACAUCACACUUUCAUUUUGCUUUUAGAAUAUUUGAUGGUUUUUGUUUCCUGAGUAAUUAGCUUUGUAUUAGAUAUUUUGUAUAUAGUAGGUAUGUUUACAUGUAUAUAUUCAUUAGAAGUAUACAGUUUUAUAGACAUACAAGAUAUUGUUAAACAAAAACAAAAAGCAUUGCAGUUUUGUGUCUAUGUAGAAAAAGCAGCAGAGACAGAACACAUAUUUGAAGCAUGGAAAAAUCAUUAUAUGAACUUACAUUUUAUCUACACACUACUGCUUUUUCCUUUUACAUUAAAGGGAACAAGGGUGUGAUUCUUGUAUAAAAGGAAGUAGUUGUAUUAAUAUAUAUUUUAAGGGCAGCUGUAAAGAGAAGUGUUUUGUAAUUCACCAUAUUGUACAAUAUACACUAUGUAUAGAAGAUAUGUCUAUGUGUUGUACUGUUAGAUGAGGAGAAAUAUAUUUGUACACAAGAUUUAGUUUGUGUAUCCUGAUA